GGUUGCUCUCAAAGUGCAGCACAGCACAGGUGUGACUGCGUCUGCAUGAGACUGUCUCUCUGCCUGUUAAUCAUCAGCCUGGCGCAGGCAUUCAUUCCAACCUUUUUUUUUCUCAGACAUUUGACUGACGUUUUAUCUGCUUGUGCAUUUAUUGCAGCUUCAUUUUAGAAGCACUUUUUGGACUUUCUGAGCUGCUUAGUUCUAAUAAGGCAGAUUUUAACUGUGCGUUUACCAACGGCCAGAGCAAUGAAUUUUGAUGAAAUCCUCUCUGUUAUUGGAGGCUUUGGGAAGUUCCAGAAGAUCUUGUAUGUGUGGAUUUGUCUACCUCAGAUCUUCCUGGCGUUCCACAUGCUGGUCUCAGUCUUCACCGGAGCCGUACCUCCUCAUUUAUGCCGUUCUGCCAGGCCCUCAGCAGGCACUCCAGCCUCUUCAAACUUCAGCCUUCUAACCACCCCUGAUGGACAGCCUGAUCUGUCCUGCACCGUCCCUUUAAACCAUAGCACUUCCGUAUUUCCUGGCGAUGGACACCCUACAAUCAGCUGCCAGGGGUGGGAGUACAGCACUGAGACAUUUCAAAACACCGUAGUAACUGAGUGGGACCUGGUGUGUGAAAAUGCCAGCCUGAACAAUAUGGGUGCAUCCAUCUACAUGUUUGGCCUCCUUGUUGGAGCUGUUGUGUUUGGCCACUUAGCUGACAAAUAUGGCCGCAGGAUAAUUAUCCUUGUGAACCUGGCUAGCCAGGCUACCUUUGGGGUCGCUGCUGCUUUCGCACCUAAUUUCUACAUCUACACCGCGCUUCGUUUUAUGGUUGGAACAUCCAUCUCUGGUGUUAUUAUGAAUGCUUUUGUCCUAGGCACAGAAUGGACUGGAUCAAAACAGAGGAUGCUGGCCGGUAUAAUCACUGACUACUUCUUUGGCUUUGGCUACAUUUUUCUGGCUGGUGUGGCAUAUCUCAUAAGAGACUGGCGUAAACUACAGUUGGCUAUAUCUGCACCCGGCUUCCUCUUUAUUUUCUACAUCUGGGUUUUGCCAAAGUCUGCACGCUGGUUAAUGGCCAACAACAGGACAGAGGAAGCAUGGGAACUGAUUCAGAAGGCAGCACAAAUAAACGGGAACCCCCUCAUUAAAGACCUGGAGAUGUGUCAGGCAUGUAAAACUGAAGAGAAAACUGUGGUGAAGAACAAACACUCAUUCUUUGACCUUGUUCGAACACCAAGGAUGAGGAAGCAGUCUCUGAUUGUCUUCUAUCUCUGGUUUGUCAAUGUGCUCGUCUACUACGGCCGUCCUUCCCUCAACAUUUCUGACUUUGGAAUGAAUAUCUACCUGACUCAGAUGAUCUUUGGUCUGGUAGAGAUGCCUGCAACGCACAAUCACCCUGUUCACCCCUGAACCCGCUCCCGCUAAGAUCUCCCAGCUAGCUUCUUAGCGGUGGGGGGCACUGCCUGCCUGCUCACCAUCUUCAUCCCCAACGAUUUGUCUGUCAUCAGAACAGUCCUGGCCAUGAUUGGAAAGUUUGGAAUCACAAGCUCUCUGUCCAUUAUUUAUGUGUAUUCGGCUGAGGUGUUCCCCACUGUCAUAAGACAAAAUGGGAUCGGUAUAGGCUCCAUGUGUGCUCGCACUGGGGGCGUCCUGGCUCCCAUGAUGUACCUUCUGAGGGGGGUCAGUCCUCAGGCUCCUAUGGUUCUGUGUGGCCUCUGCCCCCUGCUGGGCUCUGCCCUCACCAUGCUGCUUCCUGAGACGGCCAACAGGCCCCUGCCUGACACCAUUGAAGAUGUUGAGGGAUCCAGCCACAGUGAGAAAACGGCGGGCCUGAAGCCAGCCAUCUUUGACACGUCUACGAAGAACAUAAACAUCUGCCAACACCAGGACGGACUGAAACACAGACAGGGCAGUCUGUGUGUUUUCUAUGACUGUCUAAAGACAACAGUCUACGCUUCCAGUGGAAGUCAUGAAGAGACUUUGUUUUUAUAGGUCAUCCUAACGCUGAACACUCGUAGUAUCACCGUUUUUAUUACAUUUGUUUUCAUAUACAUUUCUAGGUCAGUGUGUUUAUAUCAAACUUUUACUGUUUGCCAGUUUCUCACUAAGUAUUAUAUUAAGAACUAAACCUGCAUUGUAAAGAUUUAUUCUUAAAUCCAAGUGGAUGUGAAACAUGAGUCCUUAACAAGACACUGGUGCCAUGACAGAAUAUAAAGAACACAUUAAGAUUCCUGCAGUCAGCAUCUGUUUGCUGCAUUAAAACACAGCUGGGUCACCUGAGUCUUUCUGCCGACAUGGUUCUUGGACACACUUUCAUAUUACUCAAGUGUGACUUUGAAAACAACACAAUCUGCCAGGAGCAUGCUAGUGAGAGAUGCAUGUUUCUGGAUUCAAAGGUGCAUUUAUUCAUGAUUUUUUUUGUUUUUUUUUUUGGUCACCUUGGGGCAGCUCAGCAAGCUGCAAACACAAGGCUAACAUGGCAUACCUCCAAAACUGUAUAACACGUGCCUGUUUAUGCUGAUGUAAGGCAACACUUCUUUAACAUUACUUUAACAGACUUUGUCUUGGGAAGCUGCGGGCCACUUCAAAUGAAGCUACAAUAUGCAAUCACAUUUAGAACAGCGUUCUUCCAGCUUUGUGUACUUUGCACAAAGAAAAAAAACUUUCCCAGUUUGCCAUGGAAGAACUAGUGCUAGUCUAUGGUCAGUGUCUUCACACAAUAGAGGUGUAGGGAGUGUGCAAAAAGGUGAUGAUAAACCAAACUAAUGUUUACAGCAGCAGCAGCAGCAUUUGAGGAAACACUGACACUUACUGGUGAACAGUGAGUGUCACAUCCAUUCUGACAGCUCAUCAAAAAAUCCCUGAAAUGCAGUGUUCCAACACUGAAAUGUUUUUAAGACUGUUACGUGCAUUUAUGUACAGUUGCAUUUAUAUUUUUUGACUUUGCAGAAGUCCGAAUGAAGCUGUUGUGUUUUUACUGACUGUAUUUGUACAAUAAAGGUUUG